GGAAGUGUCACAGCAGUGGCCCACGGGGGAGGAGAUCGUGCCCCGAUGUUUGCUGCAAGAGGAUGCCGUCGACUCGACGGCCUCUUUGGCGCCACAAAUCCUGGAUUUCUAUCCGAAAGUUGGCAUCGCCGGUGAAACCUUCUUGGUGGAGAUUUUUGGGCGUCGAUUUCCCCACAUCCUCCCACAGGAGAACAACUCAGUUGUCGAAUGCACCCUGGGUGGUGAUGGAUAUCGUAGCCCUGCCGUGCUGUUGUCCGACAAGCGCGCCCUUUGCAACAUCACCUCCCCAGUAGCCACCAGCUCCAAACUGGGUCUGAUCUUCGCCAAUGUUCUGCAGGCAUAUGCCAAAAAGAAGAUAACCUUUGGACGAGUCGCUGCGCCGACACUACAGGUGACCACGGUUUUAGCGGAAGAUACAUCCGAGGAGCUGCUAGAGUGGGAGUGCAAGGAUACGCAGGUUUUCUGCCAGCCUCCUCCACCGGAGCCCGCCUUGGACACCGUGCCGCCGCAGCGCAGCUUCGAUCCGCAACCUGUUUCCACUACCAGCACGACAGACGAUGUGGACAAUCUCUACUCCAUCUGGGAGGUGGUGUCCGUGGUCCCAGAUGCCCUUCCCUUGAACGAUUCAGCGUACAUCAUCACCUUUUCGGUGCCGCCGGAGAACGGCCUGGCCUGUCGCUUGUUUCCAGAUGGCCAGCAGGUCUUUGCAUCCAAGUUGACCAACUACAGCAUUUCUUGUCCUGUGGCCAUCGGAGCCCCUGGCUCCUAUGCCCUGCAAAUCGCGGAGGCACCAGAUUUCAACUUCCUCACUUUGCCCCUGAUGAUUGAGGUCUUUGCGCAGCCGUCGAUCUUGCACCUGUCACCUGUACAGGUCUAUCCUGGGCAAGGUUGGACGUUGUAUCUCCUGGCAACCAAGUUCCCCGAGCAGCGCAUGGCAGUGGCCAGCUUUCGAUGCAAGGUUGGUGAGCUCCUGGUCCCUGGCGAGGUGUCCACCAGCCGUGUGGCAUCUUGCAGCCUUACCUCGGAGGACGUCACUCAGAUCGGCCCCGGGCGCGUGGCAGUGGAGGUGCUGAUCGAUGGGCUCCAUGAGAGUCGCAGCGAGCCGCGGAUCUUUCUGGAGGUGAUGCCGGAGAUGGUCCAGGUUGACACCUUGUCCGGAGAUUCCAUGGUGCCGUUGCCGCGUGGGCAGCCUCUGGUGGUGACGGGCCGGCGGCUGCCAGUGGAUGCUGGCUGCAUCUUUGGUGAGGACAUCCCCUCCGAAGGCCUCAAGGCCGCGUUCAGCGCGGCCAGCUUUCACAAUGAGAGCAGCAUCUCCUGUACCGUGCCGCAGGAAGCCUCUCUGGGCGUGCAACGCUUUCGUUUGGCGGCGGCGGGGCAGGAGCUUCUGGUGCCACUGGGCAGCGUUUCACCGGGGCAGACAACAUCCAAAAUGAGUCUCAUCCUGACUGACCGAGCUGAACAUCAGGACAUCCAGGAGGACAGCGCCUGUGCAGGCGCUACCUGUGGGAUUUCCCGGCGCUAUUUGCCGGAGGCGGAUUUCUACAGGAUGACGGGACUUGAUGGAUGGCCUGGUGGCUAUUCCCAGCUCCUCCCCUCGUUGCUGCCCGACCUCCACAGCUCCAUUCGCUUCGCCCCCAUGAGCGCCUUCGCGGAGCAAGUGCCCUUGCGCUUCGGCGGGACAGGCCUGCUGGACUACGGGCGCUUGUUCCCGCAGAAUUUCUUCUGCGAAGUGGAAACGCUCCGCUUCGCUGCGCGUUUGGUGCGCGAAGAACGGUGGCCCUUUUUGUGCCAGGUCGACCUUAGUAGCUACAAAGGUUUGCAGGCGCUUUUGCUGCCUGUGAAAUGGUGGGGUUGGGGGGGUGUGGCUGGGUGA